AUGACUGAGGUUGUCUCUAGCACCCUCGGACCUAUUGUGCAGAAACUAGCUUCAUCGGCUUUUGAAGAAAUUCAACUGGUAUGGGGCGUCAAGGAUGAUCGAGAGAAGCUCAAGAACACGCUAGAGAUGAUCCAGAAGGUGCUCGCCGAUGCUGAGCAGAAGCAAACAAAAGAGGCAGCUGUGAGGGUUUGGUUGUCGAAGCUUAAAGACUUUUGCUAUGAUGCCGAGGACGUGGUAGACGAAUUCGAAGCCAGGGCUUUGUGGAGGCCGGCGAGGUCAACCGAGCACUUGACCCUCAAAAAGACCCUCAGAAAGAAGGUACGCUACUUGUCCUCGUGGAUGUCCGACUUCAUUUUCCGGUUUAAGAUGGCACAUAAUAUGAAAGAACUGAGAAAGAGACUUGAUGAGAUCAAUGAAGAGAAAACUCGGUUCAACUUGUCGAGUGAUGUUUAUGAAAAGACCAUAGUUCCGCGGAGGGAAACCCAUUCUUUUGUACUUCCUUCGAAUGUGAUUGGAAGAAACGAAGAAAAGGAAAACAUUAUAAAGAUGUUGAUAAGAUCAGAUGAUGGUAGAGCUAGAACGAUAGCAGUCGUUUCGAUUAUUGGAAUGGGAGGUACUGGAAAGACGACUAUCGCUGAGUUGGUAUACAAUGACGAUAGAGUAAACAAACAUUUUGAUCGCAAAGUUUGGUUAUCCAUGCCAGUAGAAUUUGAGGUUACGAAGAUAAUAAGGGAUAUCAUUAAGUCUCUUGGUGACAAAGAAAAAUAUGAUAGUCUUGAUGCGCUGCAAAAUUGCCUAAGAAGCAUCGUGGAGAACAAAAGGUGUUUGUUUGUAAUGGACGAUGUGUGGGAAGUGAAUCGCAAGGAUUGGGAGGGAUUGAGAGAUUUGUUAGGAGGCGUUUCCGAAGAGAGUAAAGUCAUCAUGACUUCGCGGAAUCAAUCGGUCACCUCAAUCAUGGGCACUGUCCCCCCACUUAAUUUGGCCAAUCUUUCGCUGGAGGAUUCUCUGACUUUGUUUGUGAAGUGCGCGUUCGAUCAAGGGCAAGAGAAGAAUCACCCGGACCUAAUGGUAAUUGGCCAGGAAAUCGUGAGCAAGUGCGGGGGAAAUCCUCUGGCCGUGAAGACUUUGGGAUGCUUGUUAUAUUCAAAAGACAGGAAGGAGUGGGAAUAUGUAAGAGAUAAUGAAAUGUGGCAAUUAAAAACUGACAUUUUACCUUCACUGAGGAUAAGCUAUGAUCUAAUGCCAUCUUACUUGAAACAAUGUUUUGCUUUUUGCUCGAUAUUCCCGAAGAACUACGAGUUCAACAACUUUGAACUGAUCCUACUGUGGAUGUCGAACGGGUUUAUCCAAUCCAGCGGAAAUAAUCAGGAGCUGGAAGAGAUUGGACAGCAGUACUUGGAGGAGCUGUUGUCAAGAUCCUUCUUCGAUGUUGUCAACGAAGAAUAUGCGGGCCAGUCCUUCAGAAUGCACGACCUCAUUCACGAACUUGCCAUUUCAGUGGGACGAACUGAAUCGUCCAACGUGAACGCGCGCGCGGAGGAUAUUUCCCCGACGACUCGACAUAUAUCAUUUGCCAGGCAAUCUCUUCUACCAGACGAUGAACUACGCGGCUGCUUGAGCAAACUCAGCCGCGUUCGUACCUUCUUGUUUGAGGAGCGUUCCACUGGGGAGCUCUUUCUGGAGACAUGCAUUUCGCGAUUCAAGCACUUGCGAGUGCUACAUCUAGAUGGCUCUUGCAUUCACCUACUGCCUAGUUCUGUUGGCGGUCUAAAGCAUUUGAGGUAUCUUUAUUUAUGCAAUAACCCUAAUAUCAAGAAACUCCCCAAAUCGGUCUGCGAGCUUCGCAAUCUGCAGUGCUUAAGUCUUGCCAGGUGCGAGGAACUCGAGGAAUUGCCUGCAAACAUCAAGAAUAUGAUCAGCCUCCGCGUUUUGAUUGUAACCACAAAACAGCAGCGUUUCCCGGAGAGGGGAAUAGGAUGCUUGACCUCUCUGCGGUGGCUAAUCAUUGGAGAGUGCAAGAAUUUGGAGGCCUUGUUUGAUGAUAUCCAAUUGCUCACGUCCCUCCGUAAGUUGUAUAUUGGAGGUUGUCCGAAGUUGGCCUCCUUACCACAAGGCAUCAAGAAUCUCGAGGCAUUGGAGGAUCUCAUGAUUGGCGACUGCAAGAGCUUGAAGCUGCCGGAAGGCGAAAGUAAUGAACCACGCUCCAUGUUGAGGCUUCAAUCCUUCAUGUUCACGGAAUUACCGGAAAUAGUUUCUUUGCCUGGGUGGCUCGAAGGUUCUGCAAGCACACUGCAGAGGAUAAAAAUUGAGGAUUGUCCCAACUUGAGGACAUUGCCCGAGUGGCUGCAAAACUGUUCUUCUCUGAGAACACUGGAGAUUAAAAACUGUCGUAGAUUGUCCAUUUUACCAGAUGGCAUUCGCCGCAUUGCCACAAUUAUUAACGAGGAAUUGAGCAGUGAUGAAGAAGAAGAAGCCUCAGUUUCUUUCGCCGAAGAUAGCGACUAG